AUGUCUAUGUCUCCUAUCAUCUCUUUACUUGCUAAUAUUCCUCUCACCGGACCAAAUUUUGCUGAAUGGAAACGCUAUCUUACUUAUAUUCUUGUCGCUGAGGAGCACAAUUUCGUGCUCACCACUCCUCGUCCCCUCGCUCUUACUGAUGAGUCGACUGAUGCAGAAAAGGAAGAGCAUAAAAGGUGGCAUAAGUCAAAUAAUAUGGCGAAAUACUAUAUGAUGAUGACUACAAUGUCACAAACCUUGCAACUUCAGCAUCAAGUCAUGGAUGAUGCUGCUACCAUCAUGCUGAACCUCAUAGAGGUGUUUGGGAAAUCGGAGAGAUCUGCUCGCUUUAACAUAAUGAGAGAAAUCUUAGCGUGUGAGAUGAGCGAGAGCAGUUCCGUCCACAAGCACGUCAUGCAUAUGAUAAAUCUUUUUGAUAGGCUUGACUUGCUAGGUGGGGGUAUCGACGGCGAAGCCAAGGUCGAUAUCAUCCUAAACACUCUCUCCAAGACUUAUGAAACUUCCGCCUCAAUGCUGUUAUGA